CUGCGCAUACCUGCGGAUUUCUUCGUACCUACACAGUCGAAGAUUGACGACGCCGAGUAUGUACGCCGCCUCACCGAGACCAUGGCAACGCUACAACCAACGCCGCGCUCGCACACGCCGCAAAACAAACCAUUUGUUUAUAAAGACCUAGCGACGUGUACGCAUGUAUUCGUGCGCAACGAUACAGUUCGAGCUCCACUAACUCCGCCGUACGAUGGGCCUUACGAAGUUUUGAAACGCUACGACAAGUACUUCCAGAUACAACUGCCAACACGCACGACAGUUGUCACAUUGGACCGACUCAAGCCAGCAUAUACAUACAACGAGUCGCCAUCGUCUGAGGACCCACCGGUCAGCAGCAGAUGCCAGGACAACUCUCCGACCUACACGACGAGAUCUGGAAGAAAAGUCAAGCCAUCCGUACGAUUUUCUUGAGGGGGAGUGAUGUGGGACCUACAUUACCUACCACACGCAGCGUCCAUACAAAACAUCAAGCAUAUGACCGUCGCGAGCCGAAGGCGCGCGGUUACUAAAACGUAGGAGCACAUACGCCGAGUUUUGUAUGGACACAGAUAGGCGCGAAUUUAUAUGGUGCCCCCCGCGGCGACGGUGCGCCCCUCACCUCUCGUACAAUUCAUCGCGGAUAACCCUCCGACUGCAGUUCUCCUGUCGUACGAUGCGGCUACUAUCGUAGCAAAGGCGAUAAAGUACCUCGACCUGCCGACGGACGAACCCGGCUCCUGCGAGCACGGAACGGCCUCCUUUCACGCCGACACACUUCUUAAUUAUUUGCGUUCGGAAAAAUGGGAAGGUGCGAGCGGGCCGCUGGCGUGGGAGGCGGGCGGCGAGAGGCACGAGGUGCUGCUGCAGGUGACGGAGCUGGCGCGCGGCGGGCGGCUGGCGCCCGUGGCGUCGUGGGCGCCGCACGCCGGCCUGGCCUGGCGCCCGCGCGCCGCCGCGCCCGCGCCGCCCGGCGGGCUCAUGACCAACCGCACCUUCAACGUACUCAUUGCCAUGAAUAAGCCCUACAUUAUGAAGAAGCAAUCCUCGGAUCGUCUCUUUGGCAACGAUCGAUACGAAGGUUUCUGCAUUGAACUCAUCGACCGGCUGUCGAAGCUGCUGCACUUCAACUAUACUUUCGUGGAGCAGACGAACGGCGCGUACGGCGUUCGCAACAAGACCACGAAACUUUGGAACGGCAUGAUGCGCCGUCUCAUGGAUGAUCCAGAUAUACAGUUCGCGGUAACGGAUCUGACCAUUACGGCGGAGCGCGAAGAGGCGGUGGACUUCACCACGCCCUUUAUGAACCUCGGGAUCAGCAUCCUGUUCCGAAAGCCGCAGCAGCCAGAGCCAGCUCUGCUAGCUUUUCUCUUGCCUUUCUCUAACGGGGUAUGGCUGUGUCUGGGUCUAGCUUACUUGGGCACAUCGCUGGUGUUGUACGUGGUGGGGCGACUGUGCCCCGACGAGUGGCAGAACCCCUACCCCUGCGUGGAGGAGCCGCCAACUCUCGAGAACCAGUUCACACUCGCAAACGCACUCUGGUUCAAUCUCGGCGCCGUGCUGCAACAGGGCUCGGAAAUAGCACCUGUCGCAUACGGUACACGUGCGGUGGCCAGUUGCUGGUGGAUAUUCGCACUCGUGAUCACCAGCUCUUACACGGCCAACCUGGCCACGCUGUUGGCAACCAAGUCUUCCGCGGAGUUGAUCAAAAACGUGCGCGAUCUCGCCGACAACGAUCAGGGCAUCACCUACGGCGCCAAGGCCGGCGGGUCGACUUAUACGUUUUUCGAGCUGUCCGAAAACGAGCUCUACCAAAAAAUGUUUCAGAAAAUGAAAGAACAGGAAAUGCCCACUAGUAAUGAGGACGGUAUUCAAAAAGUAAUGACCGAAAAAUAUGCCUUUUUCGCUGAGUCUACCACAAUAGAAUAUACAGUAGAACGCAACUGUGAAGUGACUAGCGUGGGGGAUCUUCUAGACAGUAAAGGAUACGGGAUAGCAAUGAAAAAAAAUUCAGAAUACCGACAGUCUCUGAACUUGGCGCUGCUGAACCUGCAAGAAGCGGGCGUGCUGCGCGAGAUGAAGUACCGCUGGUGGAAGGAGAUGCACGGGGGCGGCGCCUGCCAGCCGUCAAAUGAUUACGAAAGCGAGGAACUCUCUCUGGACAACUUCAUGGGACUUUUCCUCGUGUUGGUGGUGGGUUGCGCUCUGGGCGUGCUGGUGUCUUGCUGCGAUCUCGCGUACUGCGCGUGGCGACAGCCACGCGACCCCGAGCGCUCGUUCUUCGGCAGCUUCUGGUCCGAGCUGCGCUUCGUGUUCCGCUUCGAGCAGUCGGUGAAGCCCGUGCGCGGCCCGCUCACUCCCGCGGCCAGCUCGCUCGCCUCGCCCUCGGCCUCCACGCCGUCCGCGCGCUCCGAGCUCGCGGCGGACGGCGCCGCGCGCCGCCUGCGCUCGGCCUCGCCGCGCUCGCCCACGCCGCGCUCGGGCCGCGCCAGCGCGCGCCGCUCGUCCAUGCACGCCGCCAGCCUGCGCCUCGCCAGGCACGCCACAACGCCCACGCCCCGCUGAGCGCGCUGAACCGCGUAUCUGCUCAUCGAACUAUUUUUUUAUAUUCAAAGAAAAUAUAUGUAUAUAAUUCAAAUGUAAUUGCGUAAUAUUCAUGUAUUAUCUUCCGAUUAUUCAUUUGCAUAAAUAAAUUAUGAGAGACGU